GAGGAGGAGAGAGAGAGAAGGGGGGAGUAGUAGGAGGAGGAGGAGGAGGAAGAGGCAGCUUCGUUGCCACGGCGUUGAUUCUUUACAGUCUUCCACCUUUUUUUUUUUUUAAUCUUUCUCUCCUCCAGAACAUCCUCUUCUUCUUCUUUCCUCGUCGUUCCUGCUCGCCUCCUUCUCCUCUCUUCAUCACCACCAUCAUCUUCAUCAUCUCCAGGCAGCGCAGAAGACACAUCACUCCGAGAAUGAUGGGGUUGCCCGUGGCGCCGCCCUCACUGUCGCCAUGACGAUGCCCUUCAGCCCCCUGUCCAGCGACGAGGAGCACCAAAGGAUGCUGGGAAACAACCGGCAUCUCUAUCCUGGGGCGGAUGAGGAGGAGGAGGAGGAAGAGGAAGAGGAGGAAAUGGAGGGAAACGAGCGCGACGAGGACGGCGAGGAGGAGAACGGCGAGCUGGAGGGGGAGGAGGAAGAGGAGGAGGAGGAAAUGGCGGAAGAGGCCCGGCGAGGAGGCCCCUCGCGGGCGGGCAGGGCCGAGGGUCAGAGGCAGUCGGUCAAAGUGGUCGGACGACCCGGGGAAAGACAAGUCCGACAUGCAAACCCGGGACACGCGGCCAACCCCUACUCGUCAAAUCCGGGCGCCGCCCACCAGCAGCCGGCCAAUCAGCAGCAGAGGAGGCUGAAGGAGCGCACGCCCAGCUCCGUGCCGCCUGAGGACGCCCACAUCGCCAUGAUGGUGUUCCGUAUUGGCAUCCCGGACAUCAAACAAACCAAAUGUCUGCGCUUCAACCCUGACGCCACCGUGUGGAAGGCCAAGCAGCAGGUGUUGUGCUCGCUGACGGAAUCCCUGCGAGACGUUCUCAACUACGGCCUCUUCCAGCCCGCCACCGACGGCCAUGACGCCAAAUUCCUGGAGGAGGAGAGGCUGCUCAAAGAGUACCCCCAGUCUUUUGAGAAAGGGGUGCCAUAUUUGGAGUUCCGAUACAAGACGAGAGUGUACAAGCAGACGAACCUGGAUGAGAAGCAGCUGGCCAAACUGCACACCAAGGCCAGCCUGAAGAAAUUCAUGGACUACAUCCAAACCAGUGCUGUGGACAAGAUGAGCAAGUUCUUAGACAAGGGGCUGGAUCCCAACUACCAGGAUGCUGAUACCGGUGAGACUCCUCUGUCCCUGGCCGUGCAGUGUGAGCCCGGUGGAGGCGAAUCCAUUCGGGUCCUGGUGGAGGGGGGCGCCCACAUCGACUUCCGUGCCAAAGAUGGGCUCACGCCGCUCCACAAGGCUGUCCGAGGCCACCGCCAUAUUGCCCUGCUGGUCCUGCUGUCCCUGGGCGCCUCUCCAGACUACAAGGACCGGCGGGGGCUGACGCCGCUAUACCACACUGUGCUGACAGGGGGCGACACCUCCUGCUGUGAAACACUGCUGUACCACCACGCCAAGUUAGGCAUCAGGGACGAGAACGGCUGGGACGAAACACAUCAGGCCUGUCAGAACGGCAACUCGCAGCAUUUGGAGCACCUCCUCUUCUACGGGGCGGACUCGUCCUUCCAGAAUGCUUCCGGAAACACUGCCUUGCACAUCUGUGCUUUAUAUAACAAGGAAAGCUGUGCACGAAUUCUGCUCUACCGAGGAGCAAGCAAAGACACAAAGAACAACAGCGGCCAAACACCAUUCCAGGUGGCCGUCAUGUCGGGUCAUUUUGAGCUAGGCGAGAUCAUCAAAAACCACCGGGACACAGAUGUAGUUCCCUUCGUGGAGUCCCCAAAGUACGCCCCCCAGAGGCGAGAGAGCACACGCACGCUGACGGUGCCCCACCCUCACCCUUUCCUGCGAGCCAACAGCGACAGCAGCAUGAACCUACCAGACUGGAUGGCGAUGCCCAACUCUCUGAGCACCAACAUCGUCUCUGUGCAGGGAUUCAAGCACACAGGAACUAUACGCAGCUCCAGCAGUCCCAGAGGGGCCAGGACGCGCUCCCCGUCCCGAGGCAGGAUCGGGGACAAGGAGGACCGGAGCCGACAAAGUCGGAAACAAGGGCCCGCUCCGGCCAGCACCGCCACUCAAACAGCAGGCCAGCGGCGACGCCUCUACAGCGCUGUGCCCGGACGCGUCUUCGUGGCCACCAGAUCGCACUCGGCCCAGGGAGAGCGAGAAAUCGGCUUCAGCAAGGGGGACCGGGUCAAAGUGUUGAGCGUUGGCGAAGGCGGCUACUGGGAGGGGACAGUCCGCGGCCGCACCGGCUGGUUCCCCUCAGACUGUGUGGAGGAAGUGCUGCUUCGAAGUCAGGACAGCCGAUCAGAGAGCCGUGGCGAGCGGGCCAAGCGUUUGUUCCGCCAUUACACUGUGGGGUCCUACGAUAGCUUCGAUGCUCCCAGUGACUACAUAAUCAAGGAGAAGACGGUGCUUUUGCAGAAGAAGGACAGCGAGGGUUUUGGCUUCGUGCUGAGAGGAGCCAAAGCUCAGACUCCCAUUGAGGAGUUCACCCCCACGCCUGCCUUCCCCGCCCUGCAGUACCUGGAGUCGGUGGACGAAGGGGGCGUGGCCUGGCGAGCCGGUCUCAGGAUGGGAGACUUCCUCAUAGAGGUCAACGGUCAGAACGUGGUGAAGGUGGGCCACCGGCAGGUCGUCAACAUGAUCCGGCAGGGCGGCAACAGCCUCAUGGUCAAGGUUGUCAUGGUAACUCGCAACCCCGACAUGGAGGAGGCGGCCAGGAAGAAAGUCCCCCAGCAGAGCAAGAGGCUAAGCACACCCGCCAUCGCCCUGCGCUCCAAGUCCAUGACCUCGGAGCUGGAGGAGAUGGCUGCUACCCCGUGGAAAAAGAAAUCAGAAUUCGAGUCCUCCCAAGUCGCAGAGAAGAAGAGGACAGUCUAUCAGAUGGCUUUAAAUAAAUUAGAUGAAAUUCUUGCAGCGGCUCAGCAGACAAUCAGCACCAAUGAGGCACCGGGGACGCGGGGACAGGGGCCAAAAAGGGACAGGGGACGUAGUUUCUAUAGCAACGAGCCAAACUUCACGGACCAGACCGGGUUGGGGGUGACGUCGUCUGGUCUGGGUCUGGGCUACGAACGCGGCCAGUAUUCCUCCGGUCAUGGCCCACCCCACGGUAUGCUGCGGCAGAAGUCCAUCGGGGUUCUGGAGGAGGAGAGGCAGUUUCUGCAUCCUCCAGCCAUUAAGUUUGCUCGCAGUCUGUCAGUGCCUGGCCCGGACGACAUCCCGCCGCCCCCAACCACGGCCCCGCCGGAGCCUCCCUUCUCUUCUGCUCCCCCCCUCGGUUGGAGAGCCAAGUCGUCUCAACAGCCCUCGGUGUCACAAUCCACGGCCACCCCCUCGCACUACCAGCCGUAUUCCCAGGCGGCAGUACACUUCACCCAUGUCGGCCGGGAGAGGACUGGCGGUCCCGGUGCUGCCCCAGGUGGGGGAGCAGCAGUGGAACACACAGCUUUCUAUUCCCACGUAGGCGCACAUGCCGCCCAAAGCAGAAUUACAACACGAAAAGUUGCGUCUACUGGGGAGCCUUCUGGAGGGUUCAAAGCAGCUGGUCUUAGAAGAGGCUACAACAGUGCCAUUCCACAAUCCAGCAUUGCAACCGUUAUGCCACAGCAACAACAACAAACAGGUCAGAGCCAACCGCAGAGAGCUGAGCGCAGUGCGGGAGGAGCAGGGGGUCCAAAAGGGGGCGCACGGAGAGGCAAAGGUCCUUUGAUGAAACAAUCAAAGGUGGAGGACUUGCGCGCCAACCAGGGCACACUGGGGGGAAAAGUGGAGAAAAGCUCCAUCCCGAUCCCCACCAUCAUCGUCAAGGCUCCCUCCACUAGCAGCAGUGGGCGCAGCAGCCAGGGCAGCAGCGUGGAGGCCGACGCGCCCGCAUCAGGGGAAGCGGACGAUGCCAAAACCCACGGCCCUCCUCCCCCUGCUCCAACUCCAGAGCCCCCUGCACCACCCUCCGUCCCCGCACCUCCGCCUCCAUCAUUUCCCUCCAUGAGAGCCCAGGAUGGGCUGGACUUCACCAGCCAGUUUGGAGCAGCUGUUGUUGGCGCGGCACGCAGGGACCGAGAGCGCUUUCUCCAAGCCCGUAGAAAGAGCGCCUCCUUGUUCAUGUCUGCUGAUGAGGACAUGGUUCUCGGGGGGGAUGAAGUAGGAGGACUAACACGAACUCACGUGUCCCAGCAGCAGCUAAACACACAAGAAAGUUCUUCAUCUAAGCUAAGACCGUCAAAGUCCAUCGAUGAGGGCAUGUUCUCUGGCGACACCUUCAUCCACCACACCCGCAGCAUGCCUCCAGCCUUUGGCUUACCCGAGUACUCCUCACCUGCCCAUGACUAUCAGCCCAAGUCUGUGCCUGCUGACCUGUACACUGCCACAGGAAGGCAGCCGCCGCCCCACUCCACCACCUUUAUUCACCCCCUGACAGGAAAAGCUCUCGACCCCACAUCACCGCUCGGCCUUGCCCUGGCAGCCAGAGAACGCGCUCUGCGGGAUGACAGCAGGGUCAGAAGGGGGACGGAGCCCCCCUUCAGUCGCCAGAUGUCCACUGUGGUCUUCCCUUCGUCUUCUGUCACCUCACAGCCGGUGUCUUCCUCCGCACAGUCUUCCAGCUCCUACUUAGUCACCUCUUCCUCUCUGGCUGCCACCACUCCUUCUGUCGGCCGCCCGCCUUCGCCAAGAAUCCUCAGAGGGGUUGGGGGAGUCUGGGGUGAGGAGAGCGGUAGCGGAGUGGAAAGGGAACGGGAAGGGGGAGGAGCCCGCGAGGGACUAAGAGUUCGUUUCUCAGAGGACAAAACGGUCCACACGCACCACUACCAGUCUAUGCCAUAUCAGCCCAGCUAUAAGGAGCGGGAGCGGGAGGCCUCCAGGGAGCAAGAACGGGAGAAAGAGAGGGAAGGUUACAUGAGGAGAGCGGACCAGGUAGCUAAUGAGCAGGGAUCCCAGCAGCCUCGACGACCCACAUUUCUCAGGAUGGAAAGUCAAACAGAUGCCUACAUCUUGUCCCGUACGACUCCCUCGACUACCAGUACUCAACAGGCAGUAAACACUACUGGGAACUCUGGCCUGAUGGUCCUUCCUCCGCCCGCGCCCUCAGUGGACGCGGACGAUGAGUUUGUCUACGCUGACCCCCUUCCCCCGCCAUUAGAAUUCGCAAACAGUUUCGACAGGGCAGUGUCAGGGUACUCGCAACGUCGACUUCUUCCAAACACAGCUAGCUCCACCCAACAGAGGGUCCCGCCUCCUCCGCCACCCCCGCCGCCUCCACCCACCCAAAAAGAACUGUUUGGAAGUGUGUUUCCCGCUCACACGCCGCUGCCCUCCCCCCAGGCAGGCGACUCUACCGCCUCUAGCCUCACCUCUUAUGACAGCGAGGUAGCAAAUCUGACUCAAUCCGCUCCCUCGCCAUCGCAGACUUCUCCCAACCCCCCUCCUCCCCCCUCACCCUCUACCUUACACCCCACAUCAACAAGCGGACCCCGUCCCCCGCCUUCAGUGUCGCCGCCACCACCUCCCGGCUCCUAUCACAGACCCUUGUCCGUGUCCCACCCCCACCACCUGUACAACAGCAUGCAUGCGCCAGGGCGCUCCUCGCCCACCCCACCCCCACUCACUGUAACGCCUCCCCCCGCUUAUAGGGGACCCCCAGCACUUUCUACCACUGCUGCCGCAUCUGCCCCUAUGCGGGGCACCGCCUCAUUUCCCACGACCACAAGCUGUGCCGCUACAACCACCGCUGCUGCCACCACAACAAGCACCUCCACUCAGCUCUACCACGAGCGAACGCACACCGCAUACGCAACCCCCUCCGCCGCCAUGCCAAACACACACAGAACGGGAGAGCGCCACCCUCCUACCCCCACUGCCAAGAAGGGAGAAUCCCAGGAGACUGUGGUGGACUCUGGCAUAGAAGAACUGGACAGCCGCAGCAGUAGCGACCACCACCUGGACAGCAUCUUGGCUAAUGUUCGGGGGGACCGGUUGGACCGAGGGGACAGAGGGGGGGGACGUCUAGCAGGCGGGACUGUGGAAUCGGGGGAACGAGGGGAUUUUUUGGAAUCGUACAUGAGCUACCUGGAUGGUCAAACCUUUGAAAUGCAAAAUGCCACAGCAGCAGUCUCCACCUACCCAAAAACCAACAGAUUCAGGGAAGGGGGCCGCAGCAGUGAACUUCACAGACAGACCAGCACCGCCCCCGCCUCCUUCCACUCCCACCGGCGAAGAGGUGACCAAGUGGAGGAGGAUGUCGAGGAGGGGGAUGCCACAGAAGAUGAAAGUGGGCAGGACGGGUAUGGGGUGAGAGACAUGCAGAAUUUGGGACGUCCAAACUCACCUUAUUUUGACCGCCCACGCACCCCUGAGAGGAAUCCUCUCUGGGCUGAGGGUCAGAUGGGCGGUGAAGGCGGGGGCCAUUUUGGGUCGCUUUUAGAGGGGAAGAAGAUUUACCCACCUGGGACGACCAUGAAGCCAAACAUAAUCAAUGAGCUGAGCAGCAAGCUGCAGCAAAGGACCAAGGACACCUGGAGCAGCCAGAGAGCGCUGAGCAGACACAGAUUCUCAGAAGAUUCCGCCUCUGCUCUGAGUCCCCCAUCCGCUCGUUCACAGUCACCAUCUCCGCUGUCUUUAUCACAGCCUUCCUUGUGCCCGUCCCCGACCCCCGCCUCCCAGUACCCAAACUGGGGUCGGUCCCCGUCCCCUCAGCCCCAAGCUGCCUCUCAGCCCCCACGUCCUCAUUCCCCGCUGUCCCCGACGUCUUACUCCCCCUACCCCACUUCCCCUAAACAUCGACCCGUCUACCGGACCAAAGCGCUGGAAUUCCAGUUCAUCCCCAGUCGCGAGUCCCGCAAAUCUGACUCUCACAUACUCCAGCGCAGGCGGGCGCCCAGUCCACUCAUCUCCCCGUCAGAGAGGCCCAAAGUGGGGCCGCCACGUCCGUCCUCCCUCCCUCUCCUCCCUACCUCUCCCCUGUACAGUGCCCUCUAUGACCUGCGAGGUUCAAUUACACCUCCCUCACCCGGUAACCCCCUGGGGGAUCCCUACUUCUCACCUUCCCCGCCCCUCUUUGCCCCCUCUGGAGCCCCGCCUCCUCCAAACUCAACUUUAGUUGUCUCUCGCUCUCUUUCUCCCACCCACUUCCUGUCCGGCACUUCCUCUCCGCCCCUGCAUCCGCGCCCUCCUCUCACCUGUCUGAGUUACCCCCAUCUACCGCCCCCUUCCCCCACCAAGCCCUUCGCCUCCAAGCCACUGCCCUACUGGACCAAGUAUGACGUGGCGGACUGGCUCGGGUACCUCAAUCUGGGAGAGCACCGCGAGCGCUUCCUGGACAACGAGAUCGACGGCACCCACCUGCCCUCCCUCACCAAGGAUGACUAUCUGGAUUUAGGCGUGACCCGUGUCGGCCACCGCAUGAACAUAGAGCGGGCCCUGAGGUCUGUGAUUGACAGGCUCUCCAGCAGCCCGUUCCCCGUUUCGGUCCUCUCGCCUCAGGACGGACAGUCCGAGGGGAGGCUGGACGAUGGGAGUCGGAGCUGAAGUGGCGAGGGCGGGGAGUUAGUGAGGGCGGAAGGUUGCAACUGCUGAUGCCUGCGGUGGAUUUAACCAGGAAGUGGGAAACACAAGGACCGCCUCCGUCGUCCAAAACGCACACAAAGGUUGACGCCGUGACAGCGGCGAAGCAAAGGCAAGAGAGAAACGAUCAAAUUCCAUCUUGCUUCCAGUCUUCAGGUCCUGUGACUCCACCACCGCCCCCAAACUGACGUGUCUAUCACUUUUAACGACUGGUCACUGUAUCACGUUGUAGCAAAAAUAAGUGCCCAGACCGACAACAUAAAAAUGGUACACACACACACACACACACACUAUACACGCCUGCAUGCACACACACAUCCAAGUGUAUGGGACACCUACAGGUAUAUAGAAUAUAAAUAUAUACAUAUGAAUAUUUGGGACUGCUUUCACUUGUUUGAAGGGACCCCCACGUGAAGGACUUCCUGUCUGUGCUCAAGGAGAGGGGCGGGGCUACAGGUGGGUUAAAAACUGCCAAUGUGACCACCGGCUGCAGACCAAUCCUGGAGGAGAGCGAACCGUUUUACUACUCGAAUCGUUCCUACACUUUUUAUCUGGAGCCUUGUUAGGAAAGACGCUCCAUUUGAUUUGACAUUGCCGUCGUCGUCCUUACUGUUAUUCCCACACCCGAAGAUGACGCCGACACACAAAUAUGUACACAGGUAUUUUUGUUGAGUUGCUUCCGGGUCAGACAUUUGACGUCCUUUUUUUUUUUUUUCUCCGGUCUUCCGUUCAUGCUUCAGUCUAGUUUGGACAGAGAAUGAUGUAAGACGCUGGCUUGUUUGGCCGAAACGCAGUAAAGGGCUCUCUCAUGAUACUUUUCCCGGCGCUAAAAACCUGUGGCUGUGUGAGAGCAUGUUGCAUUCACCAAUAACAAUAAGGACAAUGAAGCUAAUGUGGUUUUUGAAUGGAAACGCUCCGAAGAAUCUCGUCUUCCAAACGCCGCUUGAAAAGAAAAAGGCCUAUUUUGUCUUUUAUUAACUAACGCCUCUGCUUUCUAUACAGUUUGAGCCCUCCUCUCGACAGCCGCUUCCAUCUUGGCACCAUUUUUUUUUGACCAGCAUGUUUAUGCAGAACCGUCCUGCUUUCAUCAGCAGCUUCACACAAAGAGUUCAUCAUAAAAAAAAAUAUCUAAAAAAUAGGAGAGACAGGUACCUUCUACUCACUCCUGCACCAACUCUACUUGCUUCCUAAAAGUUCUUUAACUUUUUGAGGCUCGACUGCAUAGAAAGCAAUUGUUUUUGUUAAGAGAUAAUAAAAUAUAUGAACUGUGGAAAGAUAAGUUACAAUAUAUAUAAAUAUAAAUAUAUAUACGGGAUGUAUAUGUGAUAUGCAUAUACAUAUCUAUGAAUUCAAAAUGUUUUAAGAGAUGAAUUGUUAGAAUUAUAAUAAAGACACUCAAAGUUUUUCUCAGGUACUUAAGUUUUUUUGUACAUUUUCAUCCAUAAAAAAAGUAUUUUUGUAGACCUGUGACUUAGUAUAAUUUCCAUAUAAUUUAAUAUUGUCUUAAAUGUUGUUGAUGAAAAUGUUACAAAUCUGCCAAUACACAUCACAUGACUAAAAUGGUGACGUUCGUGAACGAAUAGUCUUUUUGAACGGCUCUCUCAGGGAACGAUUAGAACCGUUAAUGCACAUGUAGCUGGACUUCAAAUGUUUAUUUGUAUUCAUUUUUUUUUUUUUUUGUUCAUUGUUCUAAGGUAGUUCUAGUACAAGCAUUAUGUAUUUUUCAGUGUGAGAAAAAUUCUAAAUGUUACUUUUUCAAUGCAUGGGUAUAUGGCACCCUCUAAUGGAAUGUUGACUGUAAAAAAUAAUUUCAGAAUAAUUUCAACAAUUAACGAGAUAAAAAUUCUAAUCCACAUUUUAAUUACGUGAUUUUAUUUGAAACAAGAAUAAGAAAAACUGAAUUUUGUUUUUCCCUUCCUUUAAUGCAGGGGUAGGGAACCUAUGGCUCUUCUGUUGACUGCAUCUGGCUCCCAGAUAAAUUGAUUGAAACUUUUAUUAGUAGAUUGCACAGUUCAGUACAUAUUCCGUACAAUUGACCACUAAAUUGUAACACCAGAAUAAGUUUUUCAACUUGUUUAAGUCGGGGUCC